AUGCAGAAGAUCUUGCAAACAGAUGAAAUUGCCAAUACUGAAGUUUUUAGGAAAGGAAAGAGGAAAAGGACAGAGACGAUGGACUCAGAGAAUGCAAAUAGUGACAUGAGUAAAGGACAGAGAGAUCCAUUUUCAGGAAAUGCUUUCCUGCCAGGCGAGAGCUCCAGUGAAGAUGAAGAGCCUUUAGAAGAAUUAUCGAAGGAGGAGUUGUGUGCCAAAAUAAAAAGCCUGAAACAAAAACUUACAAACACACGGAAAGAAAAUAGCCGUCUUCGACAGUCUUUGGUCAUGCUGCAAGUGUUACCACAGGCAGUCACCCAGUUUGAAGAACUAGUAGGUAUGGCCGAGGCCUUGCUGAAGGGUGGAGGAACCCUGUCUACAUCUACCACUACCCUCUGGAGAGCAACAAACAAUUCUUCGCCAGAUUCAUUUGCCUCAACAUGCAGUAAUUCUAAUUCCAGUUCACCAAUUUCCUUAAAGGUUGAGGAAGAGCAUCAGACUGAUGAGAAGCAGUUCAAGAUUGAAAACUGGCAGAUUGCCCGUUGUAAUAAAAGCAAGCCUCAGAAGUUUAUUAAUGACUUAAUGCAAGUACUUUAUACAAAUGAAUAUAUGGCGACACACAGCCUGACGGGGGCAAAAUCCUCUACUUCAAGGAACAAAGCUGUGAAACCCGCUAUGAAUCAGAAUGAAGUCCAAGAAAUUAUAGGAGUCACAAAACAGUUGUUUCCCAAUACAGAUGAUGUUUCCAUUAGAAGAAUGAUAGGGCAAAAGCUAAAUAACUGUACCAAGAAACCAAAUUUAAGUAAAAAUCUUAACUCUCAAGUAGGUCUUCUUGAUGCCCAUGUAUACGAGCAAUCACCAGGAAGGGGAUCUACCAUGUAG